AUCGCGUUCUUGGGGCUAUACCGUUUGUUCAUUUUAGUGAAAUAAUCAGUACCGGAGAAUUUUUUGAUAGCAAGCUGACGAUUAUUUCCAUUACUGUUCACUGAAUCUGUGGACGUUGUAACAAUGAGUGGUGAUAUUUUCUUUGUUGGCGGUGUCGAAGGAGGUGCUACACACUCCAAUCUCGUGAUUUGCGACCGGAAUGGCAAGGUGGUCGGAACAGCAAAAGGUCCAGGCACCAACCAUUGGACCCUGGGCAUCGACGGAUGCUCUAACAGAAUUCUGGCUAUGGUGCACGAGGCGAAGCAGAACGCUGGCAUACCAUUGGACAGACCCUUGGAUUCUCUGGGCCUGACGCUGUCGGGGUGCGAGCAGGAGAGCAGUAACGCCGAGCUGGCGGCGUGUGUGAGGGAGAAAGACGCUAACUGCGCGCGCGCAAUCUACGUCGCAUCUGAUACCGCCGGCUCGCUGUUCACUGGCGCCCCUGAUGGCGGCAUGGUGGUUAUAGCUGGCACUGGCUCCAACGCGUUACUGAGGACACCAGACGGAGAGCAGCAUGGUUGCGGAGGAUGGGGCUACUUACUCGGUGACGAAGGCAGUGCGUACUGGAUAGCACACCGCGCCGUGAAGGCCGUAUUCGACGACAUAGAUGGAUUGAAUCCGUCGCCCCAUUCAAUCCACAGCGUUUGGGAGGUGAUAAGGGAGCACUUCAACGCAGACACCAGAGCUGAUCUCCUAACGCACGCUUACAAACAUUUCGACAAACCUUUGUUCGCGGGUGCAACAAUGAAACUGGCCAAACUAGCGUACCAAGGGGACCCGUUAGCUCGUCAUUUGUUCUCGGAAGCCGGACAGACCCUGGCGGCGCACAUAGUCGCGUUAUCGAGGAGGACGACAAUAGAAAGAUUGAGGGUAGUCUGCGUCGGCUCAGUGUGGAAGAGCUGGGAGAUCUUGAAGCCUGGAUUUCUCAAAGAACUCACGAGGAGACAGCUGAAAACGGAACUCGAAUUGGUGCGACUUCGAGUAUCAAGCGCAAUGGGCGCGGCUUGGCUCGCGGCGAAACACAUCGACUACGAUUUACCGCGCGACGACUCGGUAUAUUGCUCCGUCUUCUACACUUACGACCCACAAAACGUCAAUAUAACAAACGGCGAACACACGAACAACGGCACAACACACGAAAACGGCUGCAAAAACGGCCAUUGCAAGGUAAACGGCGACAACACCGCCAGCAUAACUAACGGGGAACUUUGCAACGGUUUUUGAAACGCUAUUUUUAACGCUAUUUUAAAUAGCACCUAAAAAACUAAAUAUUAUUUACGCAUUAUAACUUUAUGCUUGUCUCGUACUUUUUUGAACGUUUAAUUGCUUUUCAAAUUACGUAAUAACACUUAAAAAGCACUUGUUGGUAUAUUGGUUUGGUGGUGCAAUUGACGAAAUUGGAUACAAUAUUAUGUAGAGAGGUUUUAAAUACAUGGCAAUAGUAACGAGAAUAGCAGUGGUGCCGAUUCUGACAUGAUUCUCUAAAACUAAACUUAAAUUGGACAACAGUGCAUCUUUGUCAUUUUCUAUACAGAAUGUAAGGGAAAGACUGAUGUUAAAUUUCGUUUUAAGUUUAGAGAAUCACGCCAGAAUCGACACGGCUGCCUGUGUAUAAUCAUCAUGAUAAUCCAAUAUCCAUCCUCAUGACCUCAGUGAGGGCUACCGCGUUGGAAUCCGCCGCUAGAGGCGCUUGUGGAUCGCGAGGUCUCCGAAAUGUCAAAUGAUAUUUGUAAAUGUAUAUCAUACAGGGCUUCCCACGGCAUUGUCACACGGAGGGAAAGUAUAUUAAUGUAAUAUAAAUUAAAGUAUAUAAUAUUUUUUUCGUACCACUUGCUCAAAAAAGUGACAUUCUAUGCCACAAAAAGCGAACAUAACAAUAGUGAUUUAAAAGCGAAGCUAAGAAAAAUUAUUAUGUCCUUUUUUCCGAACAAAACGGAACUGCGCAAUACUGUGGUAUGACCAAUUAUGUUUACGAUAAACGCGCGUGAGUUAUUUUUUUUUUCAUUUAAAUAAUAUUAUAAAAAAGAAC